AUGUCGGUGCAUCAGGAUCCCACCGACGCAAGUCGCAUCGCUCCUCACGAUGCCGGAAAUGCGCCUCCGCCUGGGGCGGACAAGAUUUCUCCAGUAGAGACAGAGCAUUCUUCUCUGCACAGUUCAUCCCCUUCGGAAAAACGCCGACGAUCAUCAGAGCAUCAGAACCCGGAUGAAUCAACUAUUCAGGAUGAAUCGGACGAGAAAGCUCCCUCGGGGGAACCGCUGGAUCGUGUUCCCUCCCAAGCGCAAAAGUUGGGAAAGAAGAAAAUUAUCAUUAUAAUGACUGCCCUCUGCCUAGUUUUGUUCCUUGCUGCUCUGGAUAUGACUAUCGUUUCUACGGCAUUGCCCACCAUGGCGCGCUCUUUCAAUGCCUCGGAGAGUGGAUAUUCAUGGAUGGCUUCGUCGUACAUGCUGGCAAAUGCCGCGUGUGUCCCUCUUUGGGGUAAAAUCAGUGAUAUCUGGGGCAGAAAACUAAUCCUAUUGGUUGCGAAUAUUGUAUUCCUCGUAGGAAGUCUCAUCUGCGCCCUCGCCCACAACCUACCUAUGAUGUUGGCUGGAAGAGCCAUACAAGGUGCGGGAGGCGGUGGUAUCAUUGUCCUAGUGAAUAUCUCUGUGUCUGACUUGUUCAGUGUCAGGGACCGACCUCUGUACUACGGACUGUUUGGUUCGGUUUGGGCGAUCGCAGGUGCUUUGGGCCCUAUCAUUGGAGGUGCAUUCACCACGGAUGUCAGCUGGCGCUGGUGUUUCUAUCUCAACUUACCUAUCGGCGGGUUUUCAUUUGUGAUGCUUCUCUUCUUCCUCAAGAUCGAAGCAGGAAAGACCCCUCUUCUAGCUGGACUCCGAUCUAUCGAUUGGUCGGGUACCCUCCUCAUCAUCGGCGGAACUCUCAUGUUUCUUUUCGGCCUGGAGUUUGGUGGUGUCAGCUACCCAUGGAACUCGCCAACGGUGAUUUGUCUUAUUGUCUUUGGCAUAGUAACAUGGGGCCUCGCUAUGGUGAAUGAGUGGAAAAUAGCCCGAUAUCCAGUGAUUCCUACCCGCCUAUUUCAGAACUGGCACAACGUCCUGGUGCUCCUUGUCUGUUUCUGUCACAGUUUCGUCUUCAUCGCCGGAUCAUACUACCUGCCGCUUUAUUUCCAGACCGUCAUUCUUGCCAACCCCAUCAUGAGCGGUGUCUAUGUCUUCCCUAUGGUUCUCAGCCUGUCGUUCGUGUCAGCAGCCACAGGUUUUAUCAUCAAAAAGACUGGCCGCUACCAUGAAUUGAUAGUGGCUGGGAUGUGCUUCCUCACGCUCGGCUAUGGUCUGCUUAUCGAUCUGAAAUACUACGCUUCCUGGUCUCGCAUCGUCAUCUAUCAGUUGAUCGGUGGUAUCGGUACAGGCCCGAUUUUCCAGGCCCCGCUCGUCGCACUGCAAGCCAACAUCCACCGCGCCGACGUCGCCGCCGCAACAGCCACCUUCAGCUUCCUUCGCCAAGCCUCCGCCGCUAUAUCUAUUGUCCUCGGCACGGUAAUCUACCAGAAUGUCCUCGGCCAGCAGAUGCCAGCCAUCACCGCCGCUCUCGGUGCCGAAAAGGCCGCGGCCGUGGCCCAGACCUUCUCCGGAUCUCAAACAGAUCUCGUCAAGAACCUCCCCGAAGACCAGAAGACCGUCGUCUUGAAAGCUUUUACAUUCACCAUGAGCCGCAUGUGGAUCUUCUAUACAGCAGUCGCCGGCUUCGGUCUCAUAGUCAGUCUCUUCAUUCGGCCCGUCGAGCUCAGCAAGGCGCAUACGUUCACCAAGACCGGUCUCGAAGAACAGGAGCGCGCUAGACAAGAAGUCCUGGCUGCCCAGAAGAACAAGAACAAACCGUCACCCGAAAAGGAAAGCGUCUAA